AUGGAGCAAUAUAGAAACACAAUAAGUUUUGAAAAGAGUCUGGUUAUGAGGCAAGAGGAUGAAAAUGAUGAUGAUGAUGACAUUGAUCUCUUUGGAAGCAAUGAUGAUGAAGAGACUGCAGAGAAAGAGAAUUUCCAUGAAGAAUGCUUACAUCAGAAUGUAGAGAAGAAAUUCAUUCUCAUGGAUGUGAAACCAUGGGAUGAUGAGAUGGACAUGAUGAAGCUAGAGGAGUCUGUGCACACCAUCCAGAUGAACAGCUUGAUGUGGAAAGCAUCCAAACUCAUCCUGGUUGGAUGUAGGAUCAAGAAGCUCAAGAUCCAAAGUGUGGUGGAGGAAUAUGUAAUUGGCACAGAUUCACUAGAGGAAGAAAUCAGCACGUUUGAGGAUCACUUGCAAAGGGUCGAUAUUGUCACUUUCAACAAUAUUUAA